CGUGGUUACCCACCGGCGCCGUAUGACGAUUACUAUGACCGUCGAGGACCGCCGCGCGGCUACAGCCCGCGUCGUGAUGACUACCGCCGUCGCACUCCUCCGCCACGUGACUUCUAUGAUAGUCGCGAUAGGUAUGGGCGUUCGCCUCCUCGCCGAGGCCCCGCUGAUGAUUUCAGCGCUCCCCGUCCUCGCUAUGACGCAGACCCGUACGAUUCUCGUGGUGGACCCCCUCCGCGCCGCUAUGAUGACCCAUACAUGAAUGGUCAUGGUGGGCGUCCUCCUUAC